AUGGGUGACGAAGGUAAGAUUGAUCCUUCCUCUCCUUUCUACCUUGGCUCAGGCGAUCAACCCGGUAAUCUGAUUACUCACGUGAUCUUGAAGGGUGACAAUUAUCUAUCAUGGUCUAGGGCAAUUACUUUGUCAUUUGAAUCUAGACGAAAAUUUGGGUUUGUUGAUGGCACCAUCUCCAAACCAACUGAAAAGAAGAAGAUGCUCGAUUGGGAUAUGAUGAAUUCCAUGUUGGUGUCUUGGAUAUUGAGGGCCAUUGAGCCAAAACUUGCUGCUUCAAUUCCAUCCUUUGAUGAGGCCAAGCGACUUUGGGAUUAUUUAGAGAAGCGUUACUGUGAGGCUAGUGGUCCAUGCCUACAACAGUUAAGGGCUUCAAUCACUAAUUGCAAGCAAUUGCAACAUAUGUCUGUCAAAGAUUACUAUAACCAAUUGAUGGGAUUCUUUGACAAUUUGGUGCGUCUCAAACCUCCACAUGGUUGUGAAUGUGGAAAUUGUUCUUGCAAUGUGGCUGCUAAGUAUGAAUCGGAUAGGCAGGAGGAGAAAUUGCAUCAAUUUCUGGUCGACAUUGAUGAUGUUAAAUAUGCGGUUGUUCGAACUAACUUGCUCUUGCAGCAGCCUCCCACGACUCUAGAUCGUGCUCUUCAAGCCCUCAUUCAAGAGGAGCGUUCUUGCAACAUUGCUCAAACCAAGUCCCAUGAUGACAAGGCUGAGGCUCACGUCUUCGCUCUACCUGAUCGUGGGAAGAACUUCUCUUUGCAACGUGAUAAGUCAAAGGGGGGAACGUCUUCUGCCCUUGCUGCCUCGCGCUCUGCUGCCCCUGCUGCCUCGCAUUCUUCUGCUGCUUCUCGCCCAGCACCGGCUGCUGCUGCUACUGAUCACGGCAAGGGAGCAGUCCGCGCUCAUGCUGUUGGUGAUGUAUCUUCCUCGCCAUCACAGGACACCCUCUUUGCCUUAAAAGAAUUGCAACUCGAGCAUAUUAUCGAAACGGGAGCUUCUCAUCAUGUAACCGGUGAUGAGUCUUUCUUAAUGGAUGUGCAAUCCAUGUUACCGUGUCUUGUUGGUCUUCCCGACGGUGCUCAAGCUGCCACGAAAGAAGGGCGUGUGUUUUUGGCAGAUGGCAUCAUUCUUAAACGUGACCAACACUCGGGGAGCCUGAUUGGAAGAGGUGAACGAAUAGAUGGACUCUACUAUUUCUGGCGGCUUCCUACAGUAUGUGCGGUGACAGGUCCGGAGGUUUCCACUUUUGAGCUUUGGCAUUGGCGUCUUGGGCAUCUGUCAGACAGAGCUGUCAAGUUAGUUCCUGUUGUUAGUGCUAGUUCUGUGUUUGUAAAGUAUGUACGGAGUGAUAAUGGUACGGAAUUUAGGUGUAUGAUUCCUUACUUUGAUGAGCGUGGCAUUCUUUUUCAAACUUCUUACGUUGGUACUCCCCAACAAGAUGGUCAUGUUGAGCGCAAGCAUCAACACAUUUUGAAUGUUGCCUGGGCUUUGAUGUUUCAGGGAAAUCUUCCUAUUGGUUUUUGGGGUGAAUGUGUUCUUGGGGCGGUUUAUUUGAUUAAUCGUACACCUUCUCGUUUAUUGAACAAUAAAACUCCAUAUGAGAUUUUGUUUGGUAAAGAACCAAAUUUUGAGGAAAUGCAUGUAUUUGGUUCUCUUUGUUUUGCUCAUAAUCAAAAAGCUGAAAGUGAUAAACUUUCACCUCGUAGUCGGAAAUGUGUAUUUGUUGGCUAUCUUCAUGGUAAGAAGGGGUUAUUAGCCCGUCUUAUGUGA